ACUAACAGAAAGUCAGAUCGAGAAAACUUUAUGGUGUCGGUUGCUUUUCGUUUCGUGUCGUGUACUUGUAUUGUAUGAACAGAAAGUUGAAAAUGAUCAUAAAUCUCAUCCAGAGUUCUGUUUUGAUUCCCUCGUUACAUCUGAGAUCCAGUGCGAUUCAAUAUUCCAUUUAACUGCAGAGUGAAACGUGUGUGCCCACUCUGCCCCGCUAAGCCGAUGUGCGUGUGUAUGUAUGCAUACACGACAAUGUAUGCACAUACAUAUGUCUGCAUAUACAUACGAAAUUGAAAUUAUGCAAAAUGUGCAAUAUAAUGCGAAGCCAGGUUAAGGAGCAGUGCUUCAAACAAGAUAUUUAUGAAAAUGUAACUGUUACGUAUGUGUGCGAAUUCCCUUGUUCUUAUCCUGUGCUCAAACCGUCGAACGAAACGCAUGCUUUUAGCGCAUCUGGCACUUAACACACUCGACGAAAGUAAUUUGAUUGGAGCAAAGAAUCUAGAAAUAGUAUACGAAGGAUUGUUUUUGAUGCUAUUGGAAAUGAUCGAUUGCAACCGUAGAUUUUCUCCUAAAUGGACGAUUUAUAAAUAGGAGAUGCAAGUGGAAAGGAAAAACAUCCCACUGAUAAGUAGUUCCUUCACUUACGCGCCUACAGUAGCUUCAUUAAUCUUAGGAAUAGUUCCAAUACAAGCAGCAAGAUCUUUUGCUGCCUUACAGGAUUUAAUCAGCGUUUUGCAGGCUUUCAAAUUUUCACUGACCGAUCAAGCCAUAGUGCAGAGGGCAGCGAAACCCGUUAGCACUGUAAUGGCAUCAAAUGUGAAUGAAAGCUUGGCCCCGACAGAUGGAACAGUGCCGACAUUGACGCCAUCAACUCCAUACCUUACCAAUUCAGAAAAAAGCCACAAUGACGAACCAGACAAGUACGUCUCUGGCCUGUCUAAUAGUCGCAAACGCCUGAAGCUGUCCAAUCUUGAACUAAACAGCAGCCAGGGAGAUGAUGUGUGCAAUCCAAUCAAUGACCCUGAUUUGGACCCAAACGCAAGAAAGUCAGAGAACAAGCCAAAUGAAAUGGAAAAGCACCUGCCAAGCAACUGCAAUGUCGUCGGUGAGGGGUCAUUAUCCGUGGAUAGUUCAGAGAAGAAAAGCCCAGAGAAAAUGGUGCCAUUCGAUAACGACUGUUACGUGCCCCCAGAGCAGGCAUUGGUCACUAGCGUGGAGCUAGUAGUUCCAGCUCCUCAGACCUCUUCGUCAAGCAUACCGGACAGGCAGUCCGAGGAGCCAAGGCAAGGCGCCCUGGGAGAAUCGUCGGCGGCAUCGUCAUCGACCGUUGAUGCCAAACUGCAGUACAGUACGGCUGGUCUGUACAACUCUAGUAGUUCCACAAGUAUAUUAGCAAACAAUAAAAUCGAUGGUUGUGUAAAUGACUCUUCCAAUUUGAACAUAAGAAUUCCUACUAAGUUAGCAGUAACGACAGAAACGGGUGAUAUUUUGCUGGAUGAUAGAAGGACUUCCUUAUGGACGCCUCACCAUGACCAGUCUGGGCAGUCUGGGCAGUCCCAGUCCCAGUCCCAGUCUCAGUCCCAGUCUCAGUCCCAGCAGCACAUAGAGUCAGCGUCCAGUGAGAGUAAACAAGAAUCUGUGAAUGCUACCCCGGAACUGUCAUACCAGCAUCAGCAUCAGCACCAGCAUCAGCAUCGUCACUCGGAACUUUUGCUUCAAAUCGAGAAGGAAAGCUCUGGAGCGGGUGUAUUUUUACAAGCGAUUCCAAUGCCAUUGCAGCACCACCACGACAAUGCGACGCAGGAGCAAUAUGGCCAGACAGAAACGCCGUCUGCCAUGGAUAGUCAGUUGCAUAAUAAUUUUUACACACAGAUGAUUCAGCAGCAGCAUCUUCCACAAAGCCAUCAUCAGCAAAGCAUGCACGAACACAGUCCUCGACAUCAGCAGCAUGCAAGUUACUCCAGCUAUAUCUCUCACUAUCAGAAUUCUCCCUUGUUUGGCACACAUCAAAGUGAUCACCACCAACGUCAGCACCAACAGCAUCAAAGUGCCAUGGAGUGCCAUGGACAUUUACACCAACCGGUCCUUAUUUCACAGCAACACCAACACCAUUUGCAGCAUGAACAGCAGCAAAUUCACCAAAACCAACAUCAAUCGACACAGCAACAACAGCCAUUGCGCGAAACGUACCAUGAUCUUAUUAUGGAUGAUUUUCACGAAGAACCCAGCGCCGCAUUCAAAUUAACGCUCUCCCCUAGCACUGCAAAACCUGAAAAUCAAGAUGAUGGGUAUGAGACUAGUGCCGGCGACGUUUUAACCCCGAACUCUCAUAGUUCGUCCGCCCACUCGGUUACGCCUCAACAUCAAAUGCAACAUCCUAACAUCGUGCUUAUGUCGCAGAACCAGAAGAAGCCUGAUGAGUUGCUAUUGGCAAAGAAUCCUCUAACUGGUGAAGCCCACACUGACCCCAGCGUACCGUCAUCCAACGGCAAUCAAGUGCAGGUCUCUGCCCCCCAGACCCAAAUCGAGUUGAGCGGGGGCUCGCGGUGCCCCAGUCAUGCCUCUGUUGUCGAUCCCUACAGUUUCAUGGGUGAGGAAAUGCGCAUGCACUCGGCAGCCCAUCGCCACAUGGACACUGUGAGUACUGGAACGACUGGCUACGCUUCAGUUCCAUCGUCAAAUGGCACUCCAGAGUGCAUACCCGGAGGAAUGUACCAACACCCCCAGCACAGUACAAUUAUCUUGGAGCAAACUGAUAACGCUCAAUGCGGCUUGCAUCCCAAGCCGACGCCAAAGAAAAGAGGGCGCAAAAAAAAGUUGGUUGCCGACAGUACUGAAACCACGCAAUUAUCAACACCAACGACUCAACAGGACACAUCUGGCGGAACUUCAGUCUGCGAAGAUGGUUCUGGUGAUCUAUUGCAAGCCAUGAAACCCAAGGAACGCAAAAAGCAUGACCGAUUCAAUGGAAUGUCCGAGGAGGAAGUAAUUAAACGGACAAUUCCAGAUCAUCUGUGUGAUAACCUUGAUAUCGUUAUAGUCGGAAUAAAUCCUGGCUUGUUUGCCGCAUACAAGGGUCACCACUAUGCAGGGCCAGGUAAUCACUUCUGGAAGUGUCUUUACUUGGCGGGACUUACACAGGAGCAGAUGAGUGCCGACGAAGACCACAAACUGCUAAAGCAGGGAAUCGGAUUUACAAACAUGGUGGCGCGAGCCACAAAAGGAUCAGCCGACCUAACCAGAAAGGAAAUAAAGGAGGGCAGUCGAAUCUUACUGGAAAAGCUACAGAGGUUUCGCCCAAAAGUAGCCGUUUUCAAUGGAAAACUAAUAUUCGAGGUGUUUUCAGGAAAAAAGGAAUUUCAUUUCGGUCGGCAACCUGAUCGCGUCGAUGGCACCGACACCUAUAUUUGGGUGAUGCCCUCAUCAUCAGCACGUUGUGCGCAACUGCCCCGAGCUGCCGACAAAGUUCCGUUUUAUGCGGCCCUGAAAAAGUUUCGCGACUUCCUAAACGGGCAGAUACCGCACAUUGAUGAGUCGGAGUGCGUCUUUACUGACCAGCGCAUCCGCCAGUGUAGCGAGCAACAACAGGCGGAAGCCAGCGGCAAUAUUAAGCAAACACACCAAUCUUCCAUGGGCGAUCACCACGCGGGUCUAGCCUUCGUUGGUAACUGUGGUCCAAGCGCAGGGGCUGCGGAGUGUGGAAAUGUUGUUUCUGUCGCCGAGGAUUCGGAUCAAGUUCAAUCUGACAAAUUGAUGCCCCACAUGAAUGCCAGUGUGCCACCAUCUGGCAACUGCACUGAUCGGGGAUCCUUUCCCUAUGCGGGUGACGAUAGACCCAUGCUAUCAGUGUCCAAUCAGAAUCCCACCCCGAAUGAAAGCACCUACUUGUCUGUGUUUGGUGCGCAGCAGUCUCUGCCACAGCAGCCACUAGAGAAGAAAAAACGAGGCCGUCCAAAGAAGAUAAAGGGUCAAGAUAUGAUUGACCAUACCGCAGGCGGCAAACUCACCAUGGGCGGACAGCACAUGCCCCAUCACGACUUCAACAAUAUUCUCAACCUGUCGGUAAUCUCUGGCGGCAGCAGCAUUGAGACUCCGAAAAAGAAGAGGGGUCGGCCUAAGAAACUGAAACCCGCUAUUGACAACAUGAUGACAGUCAAACCGCUUCAACACGGAAACUCCAAUCCAGGCACUGGAGCAGGGUUGUCAGUGAGCUCCAUGCACCCACUCUCCAUGGAGCACAUAGCAGCGUCCCCCCAGAGCAACCAUCAAAUGCCGCCUAGUUUGUACAACACCCCGCCACCGUCGCACCUUUUGUACACGGCAUCGGCAUCUCCGAUGGCGUCCCCCGCCCUCAACUGCAACUACACCCAAGUGCAUGGCCACGGAACUCCGCCGGUUGGGCAGCCGAAUUCGGCCGUUGCUCAGGGCACGUCACCCAGCAUCGAUCCGCAGAUCGAGCACUUGUCGCCACAGAAAAAGAGCCAGCAUGGGAACCUGGAGGUCGGGCUAGACAUGCGGGAUCAGCCUCACUUGGGUGAAACACCUCCUCCGAGUUCGCCAAACAUGUGCACCGCCGUCGAUUUUGAGCCACCAGACGAGCACUCCAGUUCCCAGGUGCGUCCAGGGGAGCACACUAAAGCGCCCGAAUUGGGCCAACAGCAACAGCAACCGCAACCGCAAUUAACGGAUAAGGACCAGUACGAUAGUCCGGCGCACGAGGCCGAGGUGAACCCCGCUCAUCCUCACGAACACUACCAACAGUGGCUGUCACCGCAUCCCCAUCAAAGCCAUCAGCCAGCGCAAAGUCUGACACAACAGCACCUGCAUCACCCCAUGCAGCAUUUCCAUCAGGAGCAGGCGGAGAACUGGCAGCGCUACGAGGAGCCGAAUUCGAAUCCCUACAUGCUGAUUUCCGCACACCACCAUCAGCAUCUGGGUCCGCGCUUGGGAAAUCAAGUCCAUCAGAAUCCCUCUCAAACAGGCCUCAUCGGGUCGGAUGUGGCUCGCAAAAGCUUGUGUGGCCUCGAGUCGCUGGUGGAUCAAAUACCAGCAAUCAGGGAGCACGAGUGCAGCAACCUAUCUUCGGCGACAGCGGCGGCUGCUGCGGCUGCUGUUGAGAGUCGCUUGUUGGGUUUGCAGCACCAGCAACAGCAACAACAGCAACAUCAGCAGCAACAACAGCAACAACAACAACAGCAACCAAAACGUUGCAAUCAAGAGAGUCCGGUGCAGACGGAAGCAUGUAGACCCACAAGAGAGAACAGCAAUGUGAGCAACAACAAUUUUUCGGUAAGCAGUCUGGCUGCUUCCGCAUCGACUGUAAGAAGUGACAACGAUGCUAUGUAUGGAAACAGUGGCGAAAAUCGAGGCAACAGCGAAAGCGGCAACAGUAACAACAACUGUAGCAACAGCAUCGACUAUCCCAUUCACAGCCACAGCCCGUCCGGUUAUCCUCAUCACGCCUCUCAUCUGAUCGGUAGCGCCCUUGGGGUGACUAUGGGGAAUGCGGAGCCGAAUCCCCAUUCGCUGCCCCAUCCUCUGCCGCCUCCGCACUCACAUCCGCAUCCAAUGUACAUGGAUCAAGCACACCACGUGGCACACAUCCCCCCCGUGAAUGUGAACUCAAUGUACGGUCCACCUGCAUAUGGAUCACAUGCACAGCAUAACACUGGAGAGUAUGCAGCUGCACACGGCCACUAUGGUCUCGGCAGUGCCGCGCAGUCGACUGUGGCAGCUAACACUGCGACUUUGCAUGUGCCGAGCCCCAAUUAUCCGUUUGGACACAAUCCAUAUAGUCACACCCCGCCGCAGGCGAAUUACCCAAGCUAUACUCACCCACAUACUCAUCACCAUUCGCACCAUAGUCAUCCCUCGCAUCACUUGAGCGUGUUUGAUCACCUGAAGCCGUCCGACAUAGGUGGGUACGGCAGUUUUUGAUUAAGGAAACAGCAAGAUGAUCCACAGCAACCGAUAACGAAAUCAGAAUCAGAAUCGGAACGAUCCGAAUACAGCGACUUGAUGUGAAUGUAAAUCGUGAACUCUUACGAUUUCGCGUCCCGCCGCAUCUCAGCAAUAUUUAUCAAUCUCCGGCUUUGCCGAUACUAAUUUAAGGAAUUUUUAGAUCUUAUAUAUACAAUAAGAUAACCAAAGACUCCGCCUAAAAUACUUAUUUAAGCGUUACUUUCUUAAAUUAUAAACUACUACAUAUGAUAAUGUUUACUUAAAUUAUAUACGUAACUUACAGGAAACUCGAUAUCGAAUUAUUUUUUUGUACUUAAUAUCAAUUAUUUUAAACAUACUUUAUUUUACUCCCACAUAAAUAAUGCAUAGCUUACUCGUAAAUAAUAAAGUUUCAAAACAAUAUUCAAACGGACCCAGGCCUAAAUCUGUGGCCCACAUAGCACUUUAUUUUACAGUUUACGACCCAACACAUGUACAGGGUGGGCCCAAAUAACUGUCGCACUUAAUUUUUGAAAUAAAAAACAAACCAUGAGAUAUUUUAAGUAACAAAUAUUAUUUAUUUAAUAUAUAUUAAUAUAGCUUACAUUACUAAGACUUAAGUUCUAAUCUUUCCCCUUUGUAUUUUCGGGCGAGCUUCAAACGUUUCUUAAAACUAUUGCAAGCGGCACGCACCACAUCAUCAGGAAUUUCAUUCCAAAUUUUUGUCAAGUGUCGCUUAAACUUUUCCAAAUUCAUCUUUUUUAAAUCCUUUAGUCUAUCCAGCAUGUAACCCCAUAUGCAGAAGUCUAAAGGAUUUAGAUCUGGUGACGAUGGAGGCCACUCAUCAACAGCCAUGAAACAUGGAAUGUUAUCUUUGCACCAGUGCUGAACAGUUUUGGCCUUAUGAGCCGGAGCAGAGUCUUGCUGGAAGCAAAAUGGCUUAUUCCCGAACAGCUUUGAUGCAUGGGGAUAAAAAUGGCCCACAAGCACUUCAUCCAAAUAAUAUUUGGCAUUGAUUUUCACGCCUUUAUCGAUAAAAAGAAGGGGUAACUUACCUUUUUCAGAUAUGGCCCCCCAAACCAUGACAGACGUUGUGUUUUGGAAUCUCUCAACAGCAAUUUUUUCUGUUGAAAUAUCCUCCAUACUUGCUGCAUACACCCGAUCAUUCUGCGGGUUCAGGCUUUUUUGCAAUAUGAACAACUUUUCAUCAGAAAACACAGUAUUGCAACCUGCGUGCCGCCGAAGUAACUGCCCACUUCUUUCCUGUCGCAUUUUUUUUUGACGUUCUGUCAGACCAUGAAUUCUUUUUUUUUUGUAAGGUUUCAGUCCCAAGUCAUCUUUUAUGAUGUUUCUAAUUGUUUUGCGGCUCACAUUCAGCUCAUUGGCUAGUUUUCGAGCUGACCUCGCACAAUUUCGCCUAAUUCUUUCACGCACAUUCUUUAUUAUUUUAGGGGUUCUAACACUUCUUUUCCGACCAGUUUUUUUGGCUAUAUCAACACUUCCAGUUGCCUUCAAUCGAGCCACAGUGCGCUGAACAAAUCGCCUAUUCACAUUGAGAUUUUUUAGCAACUUCACAAUUUCACUUGUUUUUUUCCUUGCAAAUGCAAGUUUUGCACUAGCUCCCGUUUUGCUUCCAUCGUCGCCAAAAUUCUAACUUGCACUGAUCUUAUCAGCAAUAAACCCCGUUAGUUACGAAAUAAGAUAAAGAAAGAAGAAAUGAAAAAACAAAAAGAAUAGAAGCACUUGUUUAAGAGUGCCGAAGCUUUGAAAAAGUGCGACAGUUAUUUGGGCCCACGCUGUAGUUCGCCUUCGCCGUUAUUGUCUGACAGCUGUCUCGCGUCUAAUUAUAAAAUGUGUUAAUUUUAUUUAAAGAUGUAAUUAUUAAAGCUGACAAAAAAGUUAUUCCUGAUCUGAACAAGUCUCUAAUAAUUGAUAAGAAAUACGUACAUAACAAUAAUGGAAGAAAUUCUCAUUAAUAAAGUGACAAUUUUAAAGUAAUUUCUCAAAAAAAAAGCAAACUUUUAUAAAAUGUAUCCUCUUAAGUUCCGGUUAUCGCAAAAGUGUCAAUUGCUUAUUCUAUCGUCAAAUUUUAUGCUCGGGUGUUUGCAAAUCGUGUGAUUAUAAUUUUUAAACGAUUAAGAGAAAUAUUUGAUAACGUGUUUUUGUUUCAAUUUAGCGAAUCAAAAUAUAUCAACUUUAAUUUAGCAUUGGAUGUUUGACUUGAGUGCAUUUGAUGCGGUUAAAACGUUCAUAUUAGAUCAACAUUUUCAAGCUUUUAAAAGUAUUUCACAAAAUUUGUUUGUUUUUAGUAAAAUAUUUUGAUUUAUGCCAAUGCUAAAAAGUAUUCUUUAUGUAACAAGGACAUGAUACGCUGUGAUUUAGUUCUUUUUUGAUAUGAAAUUCAAUAAAACGACAUAGUGUCAUAAAGAUUGAAAAAGUUUGCGAUAACUGGAGCACUUCCGUAUAAAUUGACAUAACAAUUUUAAUUAUAUAUAGUUUUAUUUAUUUCUUAAAUACAAUUCCUACAUUUGACAAGAUUACAAAGUAAGGCUAAACAUUAACGCGGUAAUGCUGUUGUUAUUCAAAAAACAAGCAUCGAGAUCGAAUGUAAGCAUAAAAACUAUUAUUAUUAAUGUAUAUAAAUACAUACAUUAUAAAGUAUAAAGUAAAUUAAAUUUUACUAUUGCUCUAUAAGCCUACUAAAGUCUUUAAUACUAGAUGCAUUAUUGUGCAUACUGCGAAUUUAAAUUAAAGUAAAACAUUUUUAAGUUUAUAGAAAAAAAAUGUUACUUUAAAUUAUUUAUACUUGGUUUUGUGUAUAAUUACAAUUUAAAAAAUUAAUAUUAACAAGGCAUAAACACUAAUAAAACUGUUUUGAAAGGUGCAAUCAAUAAACAAUAAACGAAUAUAAAGUAGAAUUCUUAUCAACCGAAAGCAAUAUCCAACUAGUAAUUUGUAAAUUUGGUUUAUCUUAAACUUAUACCUAACAGGCCGAAGUUUAAAAAGUUCAAAAAUGUUUUUCUAACUUCGAUAUUCAUUCUUUUUCGUUGUUUAGUAGAACAUUUUAACCUAUGCCAAUAUAAAAAGGCAAUCUUAUAAAAAAUAUGUUACACUGAUAUAAGUUAUAUUCGAUUGGCAGAUUUCAUUUUAACAAUAACGCCUACAGAAAUUUAAACACACAUUUUCGGGAUUUUUAAACUCAAUUAGUAAAUUUUCUUUGUCUUUCUGAAUAUAAUUCAUGCAUAAGUCUUCUCAAAAACAUUAUUUAAAAUGUUUGACUUCUGUCUCCUCGUGAGUUUUAGUUAACAGUUCUAUUAACCGAAAUGUUUAUUUCUACCCAAUAAAAUAUUAGUGCAAAAUCGAAGAUUCAAGCUCUAAAGAAACUUAGCAUUAGGCAUCCAGUAGCGAUAUAUUGUACUUCUAUGCUAUAAAUGUGUACGUAUGUAUGUAAGUAAUACUGAAGACUGUGAAGAAUUGUGUAUAUUGCGUGUAAACAACUAUUUAAUAUAAAACAUAUACCUUGGACGACCAAAUCUAUCUUUAGCCCCACAUUUCCAUUAAACGAAAUGUCCGAUAUUACCAGUAAAGAUUUAAAGAAUUAAAGUGAUUGAUACCAGGGAAUAAAACCGGAGCCGGAAGCCCUUACCUUAUUCCGGCCUAAAAUGGUUGGUACCAGAACGGUUUCGGUACUCUUUUAUGGUUUGUUUUUUAUUGUAUUGCAUUAGCUGUAAACUAUAA